UUACAAAGUGGGGUAUUUUAUCUGGAAUUCAUCGGAUUAUUCAUCCUUUUUACCAUUCAAUAGUUAUUAAUUUAAUUCCAAUUAAAAGUAAUAUGCAAUAGUUAAAACACCAUUUUAUAGCGAGUAGAACAUACAAAGAACAAUCGCACACCAAAAUGGACAACGCUGGUAGAAAAGUAAUCGUAUGUGAUAAUGGUACCGGGUUUGUGAAAUGCGGAUACGCCGGAUCUAACUUUCCAGCUCAUAUUUUCCCUUCUAUGGUUGGCCGGCCGAUAAUUCGAGCUGUCAAUAAAAUAGGUGAUAUCGAAAUAAAAGAUUUAAUGGUCGGUGAUGAAGCCAGCGCCCUACGUUCCAUGUUAGAAAUCAGUUAUCCUAUGGAAAAUGGAAUUGUCAAGAAUUGGGACGACAUGUGUCACGUUUGGGAUUACACGUUCGGUAAAACGAAGAUGAACAUCGAUCCAACCAAUGCUAAAAUUCUACUAACAGAGCCUCCAAUGAAUCCUAUCAGAAAUAGGGAGAAAAUGAUCGAAAUGAUAUUCGAAAAAUAUAAAUUCGAUGGAGCUUAUAUCGCUAUCCAAGCUAUGCUUACAUUAUAUGCUCAAGGCUUACUAAGCGGCGUUGUUGUCGAUUCAGGAGAUGGAGUUACUCAUAUAUGUCCAGUUUACGAAGAAUUUGCGCUUCCUCAUUUAACUCGUAGACUUGAUAUUGCCGGUCGUGAUAUUACUCGUUAUUUGAUUAAAUUAUUAUUGUUACGAGGCUACGCUUUCAAUCAUUCUGCUGAUUUUGAAACUGUUAGAAUUAUGAAAGAGAAACUUUGUUAUAUUGGUUAUAACAUUGAAACCGAACAGAAAUUGGCUCGCGAAACGACUGUCUUAGUACAGAGUUAUACGUUACCAGAUGGACGAGUAAUUAAAGUUGGCGGAGAGCGAUUUGAAGCUCCCGAAGUACUAUUCCAACCUCAUUUGAUCAACGUCGAAGGCCAAGGUAUCGCCGAAUUAGUGUUUAAUACGAUACAACAGGCUGAUAUUGACAUGAGAUCCGAACUAUACAAGCAUAUUAUAUUAUCCGGUGGCUCUACCAUGUAUCCUGGUUUACCGUCGAGAUUGGAAAGAGAAAUAAAACAAUUGUAUUUAGAAAGGGUGCUGAAAAACGAUACCAGUAAAUUAUCGAAAUUUAAAAUUAGAAUCGAAGAUCCACCGAGAAGAAAAGACAUGGUGUUCACCGGAGGUGCUGUGUUGGCUGAAGUGAUGAAAAAUCGAAAUGAUUUCUGGAUAUCUAGACAAGAAUACGAAGAAAAAGGCCUCAGUAUUAUGAGCAAAUUAGGCAAACGACUAAGUCAUUAGAAUUUUUUGCUAGGCUGUAAGACUAAGUCAACUUUCAAAAAAACGCGUUAAAUUGUUAUCUCGUGCACAUAUUGUGUAAAUAUUUUCUACAAAAAUACGUUACUAACCAUUUUAUAUCAUGACCGUAUACCAGUGAUCAUGCACGUGUAAAGAUGGCAAGGGCAAUUGCUCCUGCGUAUUUAUUUUACCAUUGUGAAUUUACUUUCCAUGACGUUUUCAUCGAUUGAAAACGUCAACGAAAUAAUUAAUUGUCUUACAGUUCUGCGUUUAUUUGUUAUUUUAUUUUCCAAUGCAUUUAUCCGAAUAUUUUGUUCGUUAUUAUGAUGAUUGAAAGUGUUAUUCCAUUUAUCCGUUGAUUCCAUUUUGAAUACGCUCAAUACGACGGAAAGUUCAAAAAAGGUAUCCAUUAUGUAAUAAAAUUUACUAAAAAUAUAGUGCAAUAAGAAAAGAAAAAAAUUAAGCAUAUAAAUGGGAAAUUAUAUCAAAAUGUUUUCAUUUUUUUAUAUUUAUUAUUUUCUAUUAUAAUACAUUAAAAUUUACGUUUGUAUUUAUUCUUGAUAAAUAUACGUUAAUCGAACGUUU